AUGCAUAGGCUUGGCAAGGAAAACCAUAGCUCAGUGUCAGAGUUUGUCCUCCUUGGCUUCUCCAGUGCAUCACAGAUCAGAGUGACUCUGUUCAUCUUCUUCCUCCUGCUGUACCUCAUCACUCUCCUGGGCAAUGGCCUCAUUGUCACCCUGAUCUACCUGGACUCUCGACUCCACACACCCAUGUACUUCUUUCUCAGCAUCCUCUCUCUGGUGGACAUGAGCUAUGUCACCACUACUGUGCCCCAGAUGUUGGUUAAUAUGGUGUGUCCAAGGAGGACCAUACCCUGGAGUGCUUGUGUAGCCCAGAUGUUCGUCUUCUUGGUCCUAGGCAUUUCUGAGUGUGUUCUCUAUGCCAUUAUGGCCUGUGACAGGUAUGUUGCCAUUUGUUUCCCCCUUCACUAUUCCAUACUCAUGAGCCGUCUCGUUUGUAUCAAGAUGGUUUCUGUCUGUUGGUCCAUUAGCAUCACUGGGGCUCUGAUCUACACUGUCUUCACCAUGCGUCUGCCCUACUGUGGCCCCCACAAGAUUAACCACUUCUUCUGUGAGGUCCCUGCUGUCCUGAAGUUGGCCUGUGCAGACACAUCCUUCAAUGACCGGUUGGACUUCAUCUUGGGUUUCAUCCUGCUUUUGGUCCCACUCUCCCUCAUCCUAGCCUCCUAUGUCUGCAUCUUUGCCUCCAUCUUAAGAAUCCGCUCAACCCAGGGGAGGCUCAAGUCCUUCUCCACAUGUGCUUCCCACAUCACUGUGGUCACCAUGUUCUAUGGGCCAGCCAUGAUCAUGUACAUGAGACCAGGCUCCUGGUAUGACGCAGAGCGGGACAAGAAACUGGCCCUGUUUUACAACAUUGUCUCAGCCUUCCUCAAUCCCAUUAUAUAUAGUCUCAGAAACAAGGAUGUGAAGGGGGCCUUUCAGAAAGUCCUUGGAGGCAGAGGGACAGCUUAA